AUGGUUGCUAGUCACGUGACUUGGGAAACGGUUCCUGCUGUUCUGCACGUGAAAGUCUUCUCUGGGCACAAAAUUUUCCUCUGUGGAAUGAACGAGAGUCAGAAAAGGCCAAAUGUUUCAGCAUUGCCAUGCUUGGAAUUUAAUGGCAGGGAAAGAGUAGCUCAUCAGGUUGCAGCUGACCCUAACAAAACAAUGCAUUUAAUGAAGAAAUCAGGCAAAGCCUGA